AGAUUUUCACUAGAGGCUGCUCUAUCCGUACCAUGUGUUACUUUGUUGUUUCUUUGAAAUUAUGAGUGACUGUGAAGAGAAUAGAUUAUGUCCAAUAUGUGGAGUAUUUUUAUCUGAACCAUAUAUUCAAUGUGCUGAUUGUAAAAAUUGCUUUUUAUGUUUGACUUGCUUUUCUAAAGGAAAAGAAUUUGGUAAUCAUCAAAACAACCAUUCAUAUGAAAUCAAGAGAAAUAAUUUCCCUCUUUUAGUAUCUGGAUGGACAGCUGCUGAAGAAGUUUGUCUCUUGGAUGCUUUAUUUGAAUGUGGUCUUGGAAAUUGGGCUGAAGUUUCACGUCAAGUGAAAACUAAAUCUAAAGAAGAAUGUCGGAUUCAUUACUUUCAACAUUAUGUGUACAAGCCAAAGCCUCCUUUACCAGUAUUUCCAGAAAAUAAUUGUGAUAAUACCAUUCAUGCUACUCCUAUUAUUUAUAAAACAUGCAAUGAACCACCUCGACCUGCAGUGGAUUCUCCUACUUGUUUAAAUAUGGCAGGUUAUAUGGCUGCCAGAGGAGAUUUUAAUACUGAAUAUGAUAAUUUUGCUGAACUUGACAUUAAACCUAUUGAAUUUAAUGAAGAAAAAGAUCCUGUAUUAAUAGAGUUGAAUUUAGCUGUUUUGAAUAUAUAUCGUUCAAGAAUGUGGGAAAGAGCAAGAAGGAAACAUAUUAUAAGAAAAUAUGGAUUAAUUAGUCAACGGAAAAUUUUAGAUUUUUUCCAUAGAUAUGAAUCAACUUUUGAAAGAAAUGUGUUAGACAGAUUAAUCCAUUUAACACGUCUCUUACCUACAGAAGAAUUUAAUAAAUUUUUAGAAGGUCUUCAUGCUCAACGUGAAAUGGAGCAGAAAAUUAUUCUUUUAAAAGAAUGUCGAGAAGCAGGAAUGUUGUUUCAGCAUAGCAUUCCUACCUAUCUGAAGUUAAAAGAAAGUCGUGGGAGACAAGUAAAGAGAUCGGCUCUAUCUGACAUCUUAGUUCAUAUUAAGGAUGAAACUUCUCGUCAACAAUGGCUACAAAAACAAGCAUUUCGGGAAGGAUCACAAGGUUUAUCAGAUGUACCUAUUUCUACUGCUGGUCGUCGUUCUGCACCUCCAUUAAACAUUAUUGGUAUGCCUGGUUUUGAGAGUCUCAGCAGCAAAGAAAGAGAGUUAUGUUCAGUUCUUCGACUGGCACCAAAUUCUUAUAUGCAGUUCAAAAAUGUGUUGAUCAAUGAAUACAGAAAACAAGGAAGAUUAAGACUUGCACAAGCUCGUGUAUUAAUUAAGAUUGAUGUUAACAAAACACGAAAAAUAUAUGAUUUUCUCUUGAAGGAAGGAUUGAUAUACAAAGACUAAUUUUAAAAUUUUAUUGCAGCUUUUUUUGUGG